AUGUCGCGGGCGGCUGUCGCUGCCGGGCGGGUCGCAGGUCACGGUGACGGUGUCGCCGACGAGGAACAAGGCGGAGAGCCCCGGGGACGGGGUGAUCAAGAGGAGCGGCGGCGGAUCGGGCUCACCAGCCCGGUGCCGAGGCACUCGCCGGGGCGCGGGUCGCCCACCGUCGCCACGCAGCAGCUUCGCCUGCGCGCCGAGCGGCGGCGGCGGGGCAGCCGCUUACUUGCCGCUUCACGGCGCGUGCCGGCGUGGAUGACAGCGCCGACGAAGUUCGUGCACUACACCGUGCACAUCCCGCCCACGCCGGAGCGGACGGUGGCGGCGUCCGCUGAGUCCAUGGAUGCGCCGGCGCCCAAUGCGUACGAGGACGGCGGCUCGGCGGAGGUGCGGCCGCCGCAGAGGAGCUAUAUCUCCGGGACCAUCUUCACGGGCGGGAUCAACCAGGCCACGCGCGGCCACGUGCUCAACACCUCCGCCGCCAGCAGCGCCGCCGCCACGGCCGCGGCCUCCGCCAACAUGUCGUGCAAGAUGCGCGGCUGCGAAAUGCCUGCGUUCCUGGCCUCCGGCGACGGCGACGGCGGGCCGUGCGACUGCGGCUUCAUGAUCUGUGGCGAGUGCUACGCGGACUGCGUCGCGGCUGCGGGGAACUGCCCCGGGUGCAAGGAGCCCUACUCUGCGGGGAGCGACACCGACGAUGACGACGACGGCGAGGACGACGAGGCCGUCUCCUCGUCCGAGGAGCGGGACCAGCUGCCGCUCACCUCCAUGGCGAAGCGCUUCUCCAUCAUGCAUUCCAUGAAGAUUCCCAGCAACAACGGUGGCGGCGGCAAGCCGGCCGAUUUCGACCACGCGCGCUGGCUCUUCGAGACCAAGGGCACCUACGGCUACGGCAACGCGCUCUGGCCCAAGGACGGGCACGGCGGCGGUGGCGGCGCCGGCUUCGCUGGGUUCGAGGAGCCGCCGAACUUCGGCUCCCGCUGCCGCCGGCCGCUCACCAGGAAGACCAGCGUCUCUCAGGCCAUCCUCAGUCCUUACAGGGCUGUUUAUCCACCAGGUGGUUUUAUGAAUUUUCUUCAACGACCUCAGUUUACGCCACACCCACACAUAGGAGAAAAUUUUCAUUUUGUUGGUCAGACCAUGAGCUUGAACCCAAUAUCCCCACCACCACCAAGUGUCCAUGCAACAGUAACAUCCCAAGCUGUGAAACAAGGCACUUUAGCAAAGGAGACAGUGAUUGUGGACAAUGAUGAAGGGGAUAAUAGUGAGGCAAAUAGGACAGUGAAUAAAAGAUAUUGGACUCAUGACGAGGAAGAAAGACUGGCCAGUGCUUGGUUGAAUGCUAGUAAAGAUCCAGUUAAGGGUAAUGACAAGAAAUUUGAAACAUUUUGGAAGGAAGUGACUGAUAACUUUAACAAGAAAGGGAAUGGGAAGCGAAGAAGGGAAAUAAACCAAUUGAAGGUUCACUGGUCACGCCUCAAGUCAUCAAUCACUGAUUUCAAUGACGCUUGGACUAAGGUAACUCAAAUGUAUACAAGCGGAUACUCGGAUGACAUGCUAGAGGAAGAGGCACAGAAAAUGUAUGAAACCAGAUUUGGAAAGCGCUUUUCGUUGGUGCAUUGGUGGAAGGUAUUAAAAGAGGAGCCCAAAUGGUGUGCUCAGUUUCAGGAAACAGAGAAAGAGAAGACUGAGAUAGUUGAUGUUCCAGAAGGACAAUGCCGUCCCAUCGGUAGAGAAGCAGCAAAGGCUGAGCGUAGUGGAAAGCGCAAGAAGGAUAAUGUUAUGGAUGGAAUUGUCAUCCUUGGGGACAAUAUUGAUAAAAUUAUUAAGGUGCAGCAAGAUCGAAAGGUGGAGUGCGAGAAGGUUACUGACGCACAAAUUCAGAUAGCAAAUGCAAAUUUGAAGGCAGCAAAGGAGCAAAAGGAAGCAAAGAUGUUUGAGGUCUACAAUUCCCUGCUCAAUCAAGAUACAAGUCACAUGACUGCAGAUCAAAAGGCCAAUCGAGAGAAGACAUUACAUAAGCUUGAAGAGAAGUUGUUUGCUGAGUAA